GUGAACCUACCCUUAAAGAUAGGAUUCUUUAUUUUAUCUUUGCUUACCAAAAAAAAAAUAUAUAUAUAUAUAUAUCCCUUUUGCACAAACUUACAGCAAAAACCAUAUAUGGGUGCUUUUGAACAUAAUGUGGAUGAAGAAGAGGAAGAAAGAGUAAAAAAGUCAAAGAAAAUGGUCAAGGUUCCAACUACACUUGCCUCCAUUGAAUCUUUGACCUUCCCUUUGGUUCAAGAAGUCAUUCUCUUGGCGGAUUAUAGAUGCAAAAUGUGUCAAGAUAGAGUUGCGGAUAUCAUCUCCAAAUUUAAUGGAGACAUGCAGUCAAUGGAGAUAUUGAUGAUGGAGAAAAGAGUGAUCCUAACUUUUAACCGCAAUUGCUCGAAAGCAAUCAAUACACACAAGAACAAGCUUCAAGCUGUUGCGCUCUAUAAGAACAUGGUCAAUAAAAUUUCUAAUAUCAAACGGUUAUUACAUUCUUCAUGGGGGACUUGAUUAUUAUUUUUGUAAUUGUCAUUACGAAUUUUGUACAAGUGGGAAUGUAAAUGGUACUAAUUAAUAUUUAGUUUUUUUAUUUUUA